GACUGCUAAACUAUUUGUAAGGAGCUGAAAUUUGGUAUCAUGAACACAGCUCAGGUCAACUCCUGGAGACGCUAAAAGAAGAACCUAAAAUUAACAGUCUUUUAUAAACCGCUUGGCCUACAAGAUGGAAGCAGGUGCGUUCAUGGAUGAGUACUCCAAACGGGUGUACCAGGGUGUAAGGGUCAAACACACAGUCAAGGACCUUUUGGCGGAGAAGAGACAGAAGCAGACAAGCGUUCCCAGGUUUAAUGCUGGGACAAGUCAUUCCCAGGCAACCUUUGUGCAGAUGCCAGGAUCCCACAUGCUUCCUGGUUAUUACAGCAUGCGGAGGCCCUACCUGACCGACUCAGACUUCAGCCCGUCCGCUAAGCAGUACUCCUCUGACUCCUACAGCUCAACUCUGGGGGGCAAGGCUCUCUCUUACGACCAUUCAUCCACUUACCCUGCCUACAUCGACAGUUACUAUUCACCCGAAUUCGGGGACUACCGUGGUGCCACGGCCUUCACCACCAGUGGAGGAUCCCUCUUCCCAACCUCGUCCCUGCCUCACCUUCUGCCACCUCUUCCUGGGGAAUCUUCCCAUCUUCUCCUGAGAGACUCGUGGGAGCCAUCUGAUGGGGACUCAGUGAGUCAGGGUGAGGUCUUGUGUUCUGAAGGCCCUGUGCCAACCACAGCCUCAUCUGGCCUGGCACUGACUGACCCCGACAGCCCCUCUCUCUACCGGCUCAUCCCCAGUCGUGGUGGAGGAUCCACCCUGUCCCUGUCUGGCUCCCAGCCCUACUCCCUGCACCCACUGGAAGAGGUGCACUACCCUAGUUCCUCAUAUGCUCCUUCAUCCAGCUACCCAUCCAGCUAUACAUACAUGGUGUCAUCAGGGGAGUCUCCAGGGGUCAAGGUAUCACCUGUGCCCUCUGACGAUCCUGGUAGUAGUGCUGUCCCCCUCAGUGAUGCCUCCUGGGUCAAGGAUGAUGGGACUAGCACGUGGUUGCCAUAUGAACCCAGGAAGGCCUACUGAUACACACAGAUACAUAUGGACUAAAACGUUGUUGUGGAGAUUCAUGGAUACUGUUUUCACUGCACAAAAUGUGGUCAGAAAUGUGGCUGAAGUUGAGCAUAAGGUUAAUUUUGGCUUGUUUUGUUUCUGUACAAUAUACAUACAUAUUUUUAUUUAGUUUGAUUUGUAAAUACAUAUUGUGCUCAUGUUUGUUGGGUUAUAUUUGUAUCUUUGUGUUUUAUAUAGGUCAAUUUGUGUUUUAGAACUCUUUGCAGUUGUUCAUUGGUAUAUAUCUGUGUCUGUGAGUUUAUUACAAAUCUGUUUGAGAGUGUUUUAUAACUCUCCCAAUAUUAUUUGUGUGUCCGCGCGUGAUCGCCUGUGAUAUAGCCAUUAAAACAUUAAGA